UAUCCGUCUAGAGCUCUCACUGCUAAGAAGAUUUCUCUCACCAACCUAAAAAUGGCUCAGCCAUAUCCUUUAAAAGGAGACAUUGCAGUUAUUCACACGACUAUAGAUGGAAAAAAUGAAUAUGUCAUAGAAAAUGCAGUGCUGUACAAUGGAACCAAUAAAAAAAAGAGAUUUUUCAGGGGAGGUGAUAAAUUAUUGGAGGUAGACAACACUGACCUUGCAAGUGUUCCACCAAUAAAACUCACUGAGCUUCUCAGUACAGGAUCAGCAAUGUUGACAGUCCAUCGGAUGUGCAGAAAGGAUCCUAAACCCUCUCAUUCGGAAUCAGUGUUCUACAAAUCAAAGUAUGAAGAAGACAUCAUCUUAAACUUGAGUCUAAACAUGGUUAAUGGAAAUGAUAUUGAAACUGAAACAAAUAAUGACAUGCUGAAAGAUUCUAAAAAUAAAAAUUUUGAAGAAAACCUUGAAUGUCCUGCACAAAAUAAACCAGGAAAUUUUGAAAAGAUGAUAGUGGUGACACUGAGUGAAUCUGGUAUCUACAUAGUACGUGACAGGGGCCUACAAGAAGGAUGCAGAUGUAAAAAUUGCAAUGGCUGCAAAAUUCAUGAUAUUGUCAUACAGUCAGGUACCACAGAAAUAAGUUUUGUGUCACAAAAUAUUGCUUAUGCAAAAGAGGAAAAUAUUUUCCUUAAAAGCAUAAAGAAUGACCACUACAUCCACAAAUUCAGCAGUAAUGUAGUAGCUUGUCCGAUGAGAAAUUCAAAUUCAGAUGAAGCUAAACUGACAAUCUACUACUACAAAAGUUCACUUGAUGGAAGAGAAUACUCAGGCAUGCCCAUUAUCCUAAAAUUCAACCGUACAAAUGAAUACCUCUACUGUGAUAAAGUCAAUGACAAGGUGAUUCUGAAACUUGAGAAAUGCUGUGAAAAAGAGCUGGAAUAUAUUGCAAAUGACAAACCUACAUGGAGCUUUGUAUUCUAUAUGACAGACAAAGGCGAUACCACCCGUCAGUUUGAAUCUGCAAAGUACAGGAACUGGUUUAUCAGCUGCCAGGAGAAAUUAAUUAAUCUUAAGAAGGAACCAGGUGACUUUUUAGUCAUCACUAUACAAACAAAUUAAGUGUUAAACUGUUCUUGCUCCUGGAGGGUCAAGUAUACAUAAAUUAUAACAAAUGGAUAACUGUUCUACAAAUCUUUUGUUGUGUGCAUUACAUGUUAUUUAAAUAUACAGUACUCUAAAAUUGAAUAAUUUAUCAAUUUAAAGCCGUGUAAACUAUAGUUUACUAUACAAUUCAUGAAUUUAAGAGUUUUUUUUUGUGUGUGUGUGUGAAAAGUUGAAAUCUAGACAGGUAUUGCAUGAUCUAUUAGCCAACUGCCCAGGAAACUAAGAUCUCCAGAAUGCUGAUUCACUCCUACUUCUAAUUUACUGUGUGACUCUGAGCAAAUAUGGCAUGUCCAUGUGCCAAUUCUACAAUUGUGAAGUCAAUGUCUGUGAAAGGAUAUGCCAUACUUUAGUACUACUAAAGCAACUUACAAUAGCUUUUACUUUGGAAAGGCACUAUAUAAAUAAAAUAUUAUUAUUGUGUCUGCUCUUGUCUAAUUGGUUCAACAAUGUUCCUAGCAUUUCUUUAAAAGAAUACUGUUGUGUAUUUAAACAUAGACAUUAUUCAGAUUCAUAUGUGAAGUGGUACUUGUUUUAGGGAAAUGACAAAAUUUCUAUAUGAAGGAAAUUUGAAAUUUUAAGGUUUGCUAUAAGAAACAUAUUGUUGAUUUCUAAAAAAUCUUUGUGAAGAAACUGAUUAGGUAUGGUAUAGCUUAUGUACAAGCCAGCCCCAAUAAACAAUUUAUGUUUUUGCAGAAUUACACAUCUCCAUGUAUAAUUCAAUUUCUGGCAAUAUUCAAUUUUUUCCUGCUGAAGAUUGUAUGAAUAUGUGAACUGAGACCACUUUUGUAUUCCUGCUGAACCUGAAUUUUAUUAAUAAAUAAUAAGAAUUAAAGAACAAAGAGAGAAACCACCCAGUAAACCAGAUGUACAAGCUCCUGUAAGAACUAGAACCUUCCUCUCACCCCUCUCUUUUUCGUAUUUCCUUUAACUCCUUCUGUUCUUUCCCACUUACUAAAUACAGAGCAACCUUUUAACCCUCAGCUCCCUGGAUUCACUUCUAAAGUCAUGGCACCCUUAUAAUCUCCUGCAGUCAUUAGACUGCAUUGACCGUGAUCAUACUCUGACCCCACAAAACUUUUAGUUUCUAGACAUUCAGAACUGCACAAGAACUGCCUAACCUUUGCACAACAGGACACGAUUCUGGCAAUUUUUUGUUCAGCUUACUUGCUAGUGUCAUUGCUGAUUUGAUCCUUCCAUGAGAAAAGGAUCACAAAGGUUAAUAUUUGCUUCACGAGUUAGGCAGAGAGAGAGAGUAGACAGAGCUAGGUACAGCUUUUGAACCAAAUGCUGAAACCACUACCCAUUGUAAAGGGUAACACAGGGUCAGAAUCAAGUUUAGACAGAUGUCAAUGCCAAAAGCAUAAAAGCGUAAAAAAAAAAAGUUUCCUGAAAAAGCAACGUUCUCAGGCUUGAAAUAGCUUUCCUUAGAAAGAAAACACUGACCAUACAGCACAUGUAGUUUGAGAGGAUGGAAACCAACACCAUGUGAGCAUGAGCUGUGAAUCAUACGCAUGUGAUGUGUGGUGCCACAGUAAGAAAUUCUAAAUAGUGAUACUUAAUGGCAUCACCAUGUAACUAAUAAAUGGUAAAACUGAAGCAAUUCAUAACAUAAAAAAAGAAUAAAAUAUUAAAAUAGUAACAACUUGUUUUUAUUUACUUCAAGCCUCUUCUGGUUGGAGAUGCCUCUUUCCUCAAACCAAUUGAGAACACUCUUGCCCUGGCCCAGGUGCUGGCAAUUUUUCCUUCCCAUUUACAUUUAUUUAUUUGGCUGAUGCCUUUAUCGAAGGUGACUUACAAUAUUUAUGAUACAAUUGGC